AUGGUCCAUUUAAUUAUGCAAAUGUAAGAUGCCAAGCAACGAAAAAGGUGCUGAUUGGCUAGUUUGAUGGACAGGAGGUUGCUGGAAAAUUUCAGACAAAUCCUUACACUACUACUCUGUCCUGUUUUUACUCCACUUCAGGCGAAGCUUGCUGAGUAGUGAAGAGACAGUAGUGGGGCAUCUUCCAUUCCUGCAGCUGGGACAAGAACACCAGGACUUUAAGGGAGAGAAGGUAACGGACAAGGAGUUCUUUUCUCCUCACCAACUAAUAGUUGGGCCUGUCUAUAAUCAUGACGGAGGUUCCAGGGUCAACCAGUGUGACUGAAUGCAAUGGAGAUAUGUUUUCUGAAAAAGCUCAACUUGCAGGCACUGAAAUUAGUGAAGGAAUGACCAAGUCUUUUGACAUUGUUCCGAGUGAUUCUGCGGACACCACUGAUGCACCACUCUCAAGAAGAAAUCAGGAAGAAUGCAAAAAUCCCCAGGGAAAUCUGCUAUAUAGAGGUCUGUCUUUGUCUUUGGAUGGAAAGCAGCAGUUAGAAGGAGAAACAGAGGAAGUUGUCUCCACUGUCCAAGAGGGAGCAGCAAAUAUCUCCCUGCAGGAAGCAAGAGCUGAUGAAGUAACAUCAGGGACAGGGCUACAGGUGGCCAAGAAUCUGUUCAGCAGUAAUGACCAGGAAGUAACCAGUGAGGAAGAGAGGAGUAUGGUGAAACCUCAAGGAGGAAGAGUUAGAGGAGGAAGGAAAACCGAGACCUCCCAGGCAGAAGAAGUCGAAGAAGAUCUGGAGUGGCAGAUGUCUCAGAAAUGCACCCAAGAUGGAAGUGAGUUUCAACUGACUGAGGAAGUGGAGGAUGAAGAGCAAGAGAAAGAUUACGAUGAUGAAGACAUUAGCGGUGAUGAUGGUGAUGAAGACGUCGAUGAGGUUCGGUUGAUAGAACUUAAGAAAGAGAACAGAGAGGAUUCUUGCUUCAAGAGGGAAGAAAAUGGCAGUGAUAGCACCCCUCCAAGCAGUCCAAGUUUGAGUUCCCAGCCUGCAACGCCCGAGGAGCAGCCAGCCUCAGGGAAGAAAAGUGACAUCUCCAGGCAUAGCUACUCGAGGUAUAACACAAUAUCCUAUCGGAAAAUCAGAAAAGGAAACACAAGACAAAGAAUUGAUGAGUUUGAGUCCAUGAUGCACUUAUAAACUGGCGUGCUGAUGAAUAGGCAUGACCAAUGAAAUUAGAGAUCAUUUUGUUUCCCCAGACAUAUCUUUUCACACCAUCCUUUAGUCAUCUCAUUCUUUAAUGUAUAAUUUCAUAACACUUUCUGAAAGACUAGCCUUCACACUUGCUAUAAAAUAGUAUGGAAGCAGCUAUAGGGGAAAAAUCGACUUGGGUAACCUUAAAUCAAGUUUAUACUAAACUUACUCUUUGGCUCUCAUUUUUGUAACAAGAUUCAGGAAAUGAAAAAUGUUACUAAUGGAUUAUGCAGAGGAUUCAAUGAUCAAUGCCAUCAAUGGGUCUGGUAGUGGUCUGGCAAUGUAAUUGGUAAAUUUAGUCAGUCUAGUAACCAAAUAAAGGAAACUGCUCUGCGCAAUGA